CCACUGACCACCACACUAGAGGCGCUCACGGGCUAGCUUCUACUUUGGAAACUGAAAAUUUGCCUAUAAAUUAAAUAAAACCCACAUAACCCAAAACCUCUCUCACUCUAUCUCUAUCUUUCUAUCUCCUUCUGUGCCAUGCAACAGUAAAAUUGGUCACCGAAAAUCUACAGAGUCCUUCAAUCCAAUCUAAUCCCAUUCCGUUAAUCCAAUGGGCACUAGUACCACCAUUUCAGUCCUGUUUUUGAUGCUCAUAGCCCUCCACAGUCCAAUCCAUGCCAAUCCCAUCAAAACCAUUGUUGUAAUUGUGAUGGAGAACAGGUCAUUUGACCACAUGCUGGGUUGGAUGAAGAGAAUCAAUCCAGAAAUCAACGGUGUGGAUGGCUCUGAGGCCAACCCUUUGUCCACAACUGAUCCAAACUCCAAGCGCUUCUUCUUCAAGAAUGAGUCUCACUAUGUGGACCCUGAUCCUGGCCACUCAUUUCAGGCCAUCAGAGAGCAAAUCUUCGGCUCAGAUAACACCUCAGCUGACCCGCCUCCCAUGAAUGGCUUUGCCCAGCAGGCUUUCUCCAUGGACAACACCACCAACAUGUCUCAAGAUGUUAUGAAUGGCUUCAACCCGGAUAUGGUUGCUGUCUAUAAAACUCUUGUUUCUGAAUUUGCAGUCUGUGACAGGUGGUUUGCCUCGGUGCCAUCCUCAACACAGCCGAAUCGCCUCUACGUGCAUUCAGGGACAUCAGCUGGGGCAACAAGCAACAUCCCAGCCCUUUUAGCCAAGGGCUAUCCACAAAGAACCAUCUUUGAAAGCGUUGACGACGCCGGAAUAUCCUUCGGAAUAUACUACCAAAACAUUCCGGCCACACUCUUCUAUAGGAACUUGAGGAAGCUCAAGUACAUAAGCAAGUUCCACAUGUAUGACACCUUCAAGAGCCAUGCAAAGCAAGGGAAGCUGCCAGGCUACACUGUCGUAGAACAGAGGUACUUCGACGUCAAAAUUGCCCCCGCAAAUGAUGAUCAUCCCUCGCACGACGUGUUCCAAGGGCAGAUGUUUGUCAAGGAGGUGUACGAGACACUGAGGGCGAGCCCUCAAUGGAACGACACCUUGUUGAUCAUCACUUAUGAUGAACAUGGAGGGUUCUAUGAUCAUGUAGCUACGCCGGUACAUGGAGUCCCUAGCCCCGAUGGGAUCGUGGGGCCGGAGCCUUUCUUGUUUCAGUUCGACCGGUUGGGAGUCAGGGUUCCGACCAUCAUGGUCUCACCCUGGAUUGAGAAGAGUACUGUCCUUCAUGGACCUAACGGAUCACCAUUUCCAACUUCGGAAUUUGAACACUCAUCCAUUCCAGCAACAGUUAGGAAGAUCUUCAACCUAUCUGCACCCUUAACAAAGAGGGAUGAAUGGGCUGGUACCUUUGAAGGCAUUGUUCAAACACGGACAGAACCCAGAACUGAUUGUCCAGAGCAACUACCAACGCCAGUCAAGAUAAGAACAAGUGAGCCUAAAGAAGAUGCAAGCUUAAAAGGAGAUAACAUAUUUACAAGCUACCCCAAAAAGACAGGGAAGGAGAUGACCGUCAAGGAUGGUAAGGAAUACGCAGAUGACGCAGUUAAACGAUUCUUCGAGGCAGGGCUUUAUGCUAAGAGAAUGGGAGUUAGUGAGGAACAGAUUGUCCAGAUGAGGCCCUCCCUUACUACAAGACCAUCACCCAUAGUUAACCAGACACCAUAAAUAGAUGAAAUGAAAACUGGUAGUGGAUCCUCAGGUGCAUAUGUAAAAAGCAGUCAUCUUUUUCUAUAUCUAUACAAAUCCAGGGAAAGAAAUUAAAUUAUCUCAUGAAAGUUUAGCAUUUCACGAUGUUUAUAUUCUUCAGUUUGCGGGCUUGUGUAUCAAAUUAUUUUUCCCAUCUCAACUUGGAAAAGUUUUUAAAUGC